AUGUAUUCCUACACCGAAACCCAGAAAUUCCUCAUCCUCGUCCCACAAGAGGAAUCACCUAUGGCACAAUCCCGGGGAGUCAAUUCGACAACGCCUACUCCCCUCAGCUCUCAAAUUCCCUCGUUUGCCAAUGAAAUCUCGGCCACCCCCGUACCACAAAAAAUAACCCGUUCCCCGAGUGCCAGCUCGACCGCAUCGACUGACAUCAGAAGCGGCUUUCUCAGGUUAGGAGUUUAA